GAAAAUAAAACAAAUCCAAUUGCAGAAUCAAGUUCUCUUGACAUCAUUUAUUUCCUAUUUCCCAAGAAUUUCAAGUUAUUUUGCGAAGGAUGUCGUCGGGUAAUACCACUCCGAACAAAGGCAAGGCCUCUGCGAGUUCUUCGGAGCUUAGUCUUUCGUCGGCUCUUCAUGUGACUCAAGUGCAAACCACCGAGGAAGAUGAGCCCUUCUACUACUACGCAGGUCCUCCCCAAACGUCAAAGACGGAUCUUGAAGAGAUGGAACAGCCAAAAGAAUGUCUGGAGGAUAUGGUGCCCAUGACACCACCCUUUGUGGCCAAGAUCAGCAACCUCCCGAUGGAGUGCAAUGAGAGGGAGCUGGAGAAGGUCUAUGCCAAUUUUCCGAGGCGGUCUCUGACUGUUCCCAAAAAGGGAAAGCGUCCCAAGGGAUAUGCCCUGAUGGAGCUGGAAUGUAGGGAGGAUCUCAUUCAAUUGCUCUCUCUAGAGAAAAAGUGUCGGGGUCGUUUGCUCUACACAACAGUAUACAAGGAAGAGGAUGUUCCAGUGAAGCCUGGAGGAGGCGGAGACGCUCCCUGGACCCCAAGGACGCUAAGGACACCAAGGACGCCUAGGACACCCAUUACAUCGGGGAACGUAACCAGCGAAACGGAUGACCUUUCCUCGCACUACUCCGCCAGCGUCAGUAAUCUCAGCGAGGUAGUGUCUUCGGAGUGCUCCAACAGCGAAAUGUCCUAUUUCAGUCGCGAGUCACCCAUCAAGAGGACCCCGAGCAGCAUCGAGGAUGCGGAGAAGAAAAUGCACCUUCGCCUCCAGAAACUGGCGGAAUUCGAGAAUGCCCAAACUGAGAGAUUCGAGAACUCCUCCCCGUCAGAUGACCCAGAAACCUUCCAAAUGACCUGGAGCGAUAUCCUCAACGAGGCUAAGAAAAGUGAAGAGCUAUAGGUAGUUGUGUUUCUAAGAAUUCAAAUUUAAAUUGAAGAGUUAAUUAAAGAGUAUAAAUUUUUUGCUUGGCA